AUGGUUCGUGGCACGAAGAUAGGCAGCGAUCAUAAUCUGACUUCUCACUCAACGAGAAAAGAUUGCUAUUCGAUACUAUCAAGCAAUAAACAACUAAGAGAAUUUAAACUUUUCGUUAGUAACCAGUUGUUUACUCGUUACUUAACUGAUUUCCACAAGACUCAGAGUUGGUUCGCGUUCGAUACCCUGUUUGUACUAUGGUUAAUAGCUGAAUUCCAGUAUACACAUCUUCCAAUAGUGAAUGGAGCAAUCGGUGAAAUUGGAGUUCAUAGAGGUAAAUUCACUAGCUACUUGUAUUUGCUUCGGCACCGCAGUGGAAACCAAACACUAUUUGCCGUUGAUGUCUUUGCUAAAAAAUCAUUGAAUAUUGAUCAAUCGGGUAAUGGUGAUCGAAACGAGUUUUUGAAAGCCAUCAAGACAUAUGCGAACGUCUCUGUUGAUGAAGUUGACAUCUACGAAGGCAAUUCACUCGAUCUGAAUUCUGCUUACUCAAAUAAUACAAGUGCUCAAUAUUGGUGGCAGAAGAAAGUUGGCAAGAAUGGUUUUCAAAUAGUAUCAAUUGAUGGUGGCCAUACCACUCUAUUAACCUAUGCUGAUUUAUGUUCUGUGUCAAGGUUUCUUGUCGACGGCGGCAUAGUAAUCGUAGAUGAUAUUGAUAAUCCGGGAUGGUUAGGAGUGCGUGAUGGUGUUGGUCGCUUUUUAUCAGAGACAUCAUCAUUAUUCAAUAUAAAUGAUGACUCAAUAUUAUUUAAUAUGCUGAAACGGCAUACCUUUGCACCUACGUUAGAAUUUUCUUGUCGUAUAGUCGAGGUGACUAGUAAAGCUGGUCAAUCUGAGCACGGAUGCUCACGCCUAGUACCAAUUUUACAUUAUGCCAAUAAGCUGUAUUUGACAACGUCGAAUUAUUAUCCUCAUUAUAUGAAUUUUUUAGCGAAACUCAAUGCUAAUGGAGUGAAUGUUGUUACUUACGACGCGUUAAAGUCCGUAGCUGGUAACGUACCUAUCUGGAGCGACAGUCAAUCUAAUCAACGAGGUAUUCCCAACAAUAAUAUACGACCGACAUGGUUGGCAGAAAUUACGCGAGCUACAGGCUAG